ACAGCUGUUUAUCUCAGCCGGCACUGUGUACAUUUUUUUGGACUAAUCCGUGGUCACCGAAGAAUGACGAAUAGCCUACAUUAAAUGAACAACAGGAGUGAGAUGGAAGUUGAAGUUACCAUGAAGGAAGAUUUAGAGCACGAAUCACUGCCACAAAUACCGGUAGUUACCUCGGUGACUUGCUGCUUCGUUCUGGCGGUUCUCUACGUUGGAAGUCUCUAUAUUUGGAGCACCAAACACAAUCGGGACCACCCAACGACGAUCAAAAGAAGAUUUGCCAGUGUUUCCAUGGUUAUGCUGGUGGCACCCUUCUUUGUAUAUUUCUUUUCGUCACCUGAACUCCUCAGCCGGGAACCAUUUCCCAAGUUACUAGGAUUUCGCUUGGAAGGAUUAUGGCAAGCUGUGGUGAUACCCUACGCCUUGACAGUACUACUCUUCCUCGGACCUAUCUUCGUUAACAUGCAGAACGAGUCCAUAAAGUCCUACUUUGACCUGGACUAUUGGCGAGGAUCUUUUAGUAGCAUUAUCUGGGUACGCAACCAUGUGAUGGCUCCAUUGAGCGAGGAGUUUGUCUUCCGGGCCUGCAUGAUGCCCCUGAUCCUUCAAAGCUUUUCACCCUUGGUCGCCGUCUUUAUCACGCCGCUUUUCUUCGGAGUGGCCCAUUUGCAUCACAUAGCCGAGCGAUUAAGUUUGGGAGUUGAGCUAAGCACUGCAUUACUGAUUGGACUCUUUCAGUUCAUCUACACCACACUGUUUGGAUUUUAUUCUGCCUUUCUAUUUGCCCGCACCGGUCAUGUGGUGGCUCCGAUUUUGGUGCACGCAUUUUGCAAUCACAUGGGCUUACCCGAUAUACAGGACUUGUGGCAGCAGGAUCUUUGGCGGCGAGUGGUGGCAAUUGUCCUUUAUAUAGCAGGGUUUGCUGGAUGGAUUUUCCUACUUCCAAUCGCUACGGUUCCUUCGAUAUACGAAAACAAUCUUUACUGGAAUGUAAAGUAAAAACAAGAGGGAAAUUGUUGAAUUUUUGUAUGUUUAUAAACCGCUGCCAUAUGACAGGAUACAGCUAUUUGUAAAUAAAUAUUCAUUUAUCAUGUUUAGGCAUUAAUUGCAUAUCCAGAUAAGCCGACUGCACGCACAAUAAAAUUAUAAUUUGUUGUUAAAAAAACAGUAAA